AACAUGCUUGGCGCAUGGAAAGGGAGCACCAAUGCAGCAAAUAGCAACACAAAAUCAAAUCGUGUUGUGCGUUAUUAAAGGCUCCUGGGCAGACCGCUCACCCUUACAUGAUGCUGCAUGCCAAGGUCGUCUCUUAGCUCUGAGGAAUCUCAUUUUACAGGGCCACAAUGUAAAUGUAGUCACUAUAGACCAUGUGAGUCCUCUGCACGAGGCCUGCCUUGGAGACCAUGUAGCAUGUGCCAGAGCUCUGAUCGCUGCAGGAGCCAAUGUGAACGUCACCACCAUUGAUGGGGUGACUCCUCUUUUCAACGCGUGCUCAGUGGGCAGUGUAUCAUGUGCAGAGGUCCUCCUGGAGAACGGGGCCAAACCGCAGGCCCUGGUAUUUCAGCCCUCGCCCAUUCACCAAGCCAGCAGUAAAGGCAGCAGUGGGUGUGUGGAGACUCUAAUCAGAUGGGGAGCCGACGUGGACUUUGACAUUCCUCACCUGGGAACGCCCCUCUACACCGCCUGUGUCUCUCAGGAGAUAGAGUGUGUCCAGAGGCUGCUGAGGGAAGGUGAGGCACGUGCACAUCUGCUCUGCCAAAUCACCAGAGCCAGGUAUGAUGAGAGGAGGAGAACUAGUGGAGCAAAUGUACAGAAAGGUAGAUAUAUGGAGUCUCCCUUACACGCUGCCGCUGAGAAGGACUGCACUGCCAUUGUUAAGCUGUUGUUGGACUUUGGGGCAGAUAUCCAUGCCAGGAACAUUGAGUUCCAGAGACCUGUGGAGGCUGCUCCUCCCAGCAGCCUGACAGAGGGGUUUCUACUGGUCUAUGAGGCCACGCCCCAACCAUUGAGUCAGCUGUGUCGACGGCGUAUCCGUGACCGUGUGGGCCGUGACAGGUUUCACCUCAUCAACCAUCUUCCCCUUCCCAACCCCCUCAGGAACUAUCUCCAGUACAGAUGAUGAGCUUAGAAUGUCACAAUC